GCUAACAUGUUUGCUUACUCAUUUUCCUGUACUCUCAGCCUGGUUCCGUUUAUAUAAACCAACAUUAUUACACCAACACAGUGUUUCUCCCUCUUUUCUUGAUUGAAGACAGCACAAGGCAACUUUGAGUGCUUGUGUGUGUGAAGUUCUACACCUUAAACAUGUUGCGACGUGUCCCGCCGCCACCUCUGUGGCGUGUCCAGCUGGAAUCGGUGGCGGCAUUGCCAAAGCGAGAUCAUCAGGUGUCAGCGUUCUCGAAGGUGAGCGGUCCUGUUGGAGGCGUGGUCUUCAAAGCGAAGGAAGGGAGGAGGGAAGAGGGAUUCAAAGAGUCUCCUCUGGAGUAAAUCCCUCUCGAGCUGAUCAGUGUCCUACAACUCCACUGCGGGUGCGUGGACGCUAAAGCCACAACAUCAGAUUUAUCCGAGAAAAUCAAAUCUAACAUCCACCUGGACAAUGGACUUUCUCCCUUGAUGACUACAAGUCGUUCAAUAGAAUGGCGCCCGAUCAAUUCGUUCUCUUCCUUUCUCUGCUCUUUCUGCCCGCGACGUCCACUUCCGAUGAUUUCCCACAGCCGCGCUUUGUGUGCACCCCCAUCCCGCUGGACGCAGACCCUGCCUGCUUCCCCACGGCGGUUCCGGGCGUAGGGGGAACGGGGCACCACCAAAGCGCACCUCCCCCAGGCUGGUGGGGCGCGAGCGACGAGGCCAAAACUACCAUCCUGCACCUUCGGGAGAGCUUGGUGCGGCAGAAAGAAACCAUCCUGGACCAGAGGGAGACCAUCAGGGAGCUGACCGCCAAACUCGCCCUGUGCGAGGGCUUCGCCGGGUCACCUCACAACGACCACCCUGGCGCACACAUAGAACACGACGACCGGCACGGGAACAUCAUACCAGAUUCACCACACUCUGACGCCGUUAAACAACAGGAGAAGGAUGUAAAACACGCGAGUUCAGUGCACGCGACGUCCUCACCAGAGCAGAUGGAGAGGAUGCUUCAGGCACUUAAGGACAGAUUGGAAAACUUGCAGAAGAGAAACUCAUCCCUGACCCACUCCAGUUCUCUGAGGGAACUUCUACAGAGGAAGAUCGACACUCUGGAGGAACAGUUGCAUCCACACGACCACUACCACCACCUCAACGACCACACGGACGACGGCGCCGACGGCAACCGCACGGGACAUGUCGACGAGCGCGACGAUAACGGCCAUCAUGGCGGGCCGGAUAACAACGAAGCAGACGGUCACGCUUACCUACCGCGUAAGGGUUACCACGGCAACAAACUGGAAAGUGUGCUCAACCAGCUUCACCUGACAGGUUCUAGCGGGAAAACCCAGCAUGACGCCUUCCAGCUCAGCUUCCCUAUUCGGAGCAACUACAUGUACGCGCGUGUCAAGAGGACACUGCCUCAGGAGAUUUUCGCACUGACUUUGUGUCUGUGGCUCAAGGCCGGCGCAGGGCACGCCAUGGGGACGCCCUUUUCCUACUCGGCGCCAGGCCAGGCUAACGAGAUGGUGCUGAUCGAGUGGGGCGGGAAUCCCGUAGAGCUGCUUAUUGACGACAAGGCUGUGUCUCUGCCUUUGAUGCUGAGUGACGAAAAAUGGAACCACGUGUGUGUGACAUGGUCCACACGGGACGGACACUGGGAGGCCUACCAGGACGGUGACCUGCGGGGGUCCGGCAGGAAUCUCGCAUCCUGGCAUCCCAUCAGAGCGGGAGGAGUGUUCAUCCUAGGACAGGAACAGGAUACUUUGGGAGGCCGCUUUGAUGCCACGCAGUCCUUUGUGGGCGAGCUAGCCGACGUACAAAUGUGGUCGUCAGUCCUCAACGCAGCUGACAUCCAAAGUCUGGCGACGUGCAGCAGUCGCUUGAACGGUGACGUCAUCUCGUGGUCCGAGUCGGACGUGGAGCUUCACGGGGGCGUGGUUAAACGUGCCCAAGAACCCUGUCACUAAAACACUCAUCAAUAUGUUGACCGAUCAUACUGUUAACAGAGGCGGAAAAAACAAAAAUCGCCUCUGUAAUGACAGGAAAUGCCUUUGAUUUUUUUUUUUCCAUCUUUGUAGCAACAUAUUUACCUCUGCCCGUAGGUUUGUAAUAUGACAGUGAUUAAAUUUUGAGGGUCAUGAGGUCAGAAAUAGAAUUAACCCCAACCCUCAAGGAGGAAUAAAGGGAAUCAGUCGGGUGUUGUGACAUAUUGUCAUGUUGAUAAUUUUGACUUGUAGUACUUUGUUGUAACAAUGUGUUGACAAAAUAAUCAUCUGGAAGAUUUCCAUAUCAAAUACAGCUAAAAACCAAAGAAUUUGUCAUCAUUUUGUUAGAUUUACAUGUUUAGUUUGACAUUGCCUGUUAAAAUGUAGUAGUUUUAUUGCAUUCAAUGUACUGUACUGUAUAUAUAUUUUUUGUUGUUGUUUUCACCGUCUCGGUUAACUUAUUGGCUGCCAUUGAUGGCGAUAGACGUCCAAUCCCUUUUGACUGGGAGAGAGUUGCCAGCCCUCUCAGUCAAAAGGGAUUGGGCGUCGAUUGCUGUCAAUGUGUUUACUUCAGGUAGUAAAAACCUAUUUCUGUAUCAUAGUAUCAUUUUUAUACAUGUAGUUCAGAUUAAAACAUGUUGGGAAACCAUAUAGACAUCAUUGCAAGUGUUUAAACCCAUUAGAAGAAAUGGUUUUCAUAUUUUGUGUCUACUUCAGUACAGGCAUGGUUGAUAUUAGUUUUUUACAAUAUGAUAAGCUUUAUAUUAUUUUGACAAAUUAGGUCUUAAAAAAAGCCACAAUAACAAAGGUAACAAUUCAACUUUGAAAUGGAGUGAACAAUCCAUUUAUUGUUCAGGAUUUAAGGUGACAAUCAAAUUUCAUCAAAAUUUUUCGAAUGCUUCUUAUUAGCACACACACAUAUAUAUAUAUAUAUA